AUGGCAGACCAGUCUUACAUUAUCGUUGGAGCCGGCGUUUUUGGAGUCUCGACAGCAUUUGAACUCAUCAAGAAGUAUCCCAACGCUUCGAUCACGCUGGUGGAUCGCGACGCUUUCGACGCAGACAGUCGAGUAGCAGCUUCCUGGGACUGGAACAAGGUCGUUCGCGCCGACUACGAUGAUAUUGUCUACUGCCGCAUGGGUCUCGAGGCGCAAGAUGUUUUCAGAACAGACCCGCUUUGGAAACCUUUCUUCCACGAAACUGGCAUAUACUGGAUGUGUCGUGAUGACUAUGCUGGCAAGGUACUGGAGAACUACAAGAAGCUAGGACGAAAGGCGGAUCUGGAAGCUGUGCCGAUUGCGAAGGCGAGGCAGCUAUAUGGAGGACUUUUCGAUCAGGCAGACUACUCUGACGUGCAUGACGUGUUGGUCAACAGGACGAGUGGGUGGGGUGCGGCUGGUGACUGCUUGGUUGCUGUGACAAGAGAGGCGAUCAGAUUAGGCGUCAAGUAUGUUACCGCAGAAGUCACGAACCUCAACAUCGAUCACAACGGCCGAAGCUUUGGUGUGAGGACACAUGAUGGAAGGGACUUGAGGGCAACGCAUACGAUCCUGGCUUCCGGAGCGUUCACCCCCAAGCUUCUGGAAUGGAGUGCCGACAUCACUGGCAGGAAAGAGCUGCGAGCUGAAGGCAGGAUCGUGGCUGGUGGUAUCACGACUGGCAUGACGAAGCUUUCGGACAGGGAUUAUGACAGCUUUGCGAAGAUGCCAGUCGGUGUGCAGGGCUACACACCACAGACAGGUCCCUUCAUUGGCAGCCUCCCACCCACACCUGACCACGAGCUGAAAUGGUGGGGCCAAACCAUUUUCCAGAACAACACCCAAGUCCUGCCCGGCAGGGUCAUCAGCGCACCUCCAGCAGAGCCCGACUACGCUCAAUGGAAAGUGUCAAGGAAGCUGCGGAAGGACAUCGACCAUGCCAACCAAGUCUUCUACGGCAAGAAGGGUGCCCACUGGAAAUUUGAGAAAUAUCGGAUAUGCUGGGACGCCUUCACCACCUCCGGCGACUUCAUCAUCUCCCCGCACUCCGGCUCGAAAGGCCUCUACGUCGCAACAUGCGGCAACUUCCACGGCUGGAAGUUCUUCCCGAUCAUUGGCAAGUAUGUCAUCAAUAUGCUGGAAGGAACGCUGGAGGACGAGUUGGUGAAGAAGUGGGCGUGGGAUCGGGAGAGGCCUGACCCGGCGCUGUUCCCGGAUUGGCCGAGGGGGGAGUUGAGGGAUUUGCAGGAUUUGAAUGCGAGGUUGUGA